CCGGAGUCGCUACCAGCUGCUGCUCUCCGGGAAGGCCCUGGCCGACAGAUACCGGAAGAUUUACACGGCGGCACUGAGCGACCGGGAGCUGGGGAGCCACCCGGGCAGAAGUAAGAAACUUUUUAGCAAGAAAAAAUUGAAAAGGAAACAGAAGACUAAAUUGAAAGUAAAAACACGCAACAAGACUGAAAACCUAGAGAGUACAAUAACCAUACCAGAUAUCAGAUUACAUAGCAACCCUUCAGCUUUUAAUGUUUACUGCAAUGUCCGCCAUUGUGUGUUGGAGUGGCAAAAAAAGGAAGCAUCUGUAUCUUUGGCUUCAAAGAACAGUGUACAGAGUGGGGAUUCAGACAGUGAUGAAGAAGAGGAAUCCAAAGAGCCACCUAUUAAACUUCCAAAGAUCAUUGAAGUUGGAUUAUGUGAAGUCUUUGAACUGAUAAAGGAGACGAGAUUUUCUCAUCCAUCCUUGUGUCUCAGGAGUCUACAAGCCCUACUUAAUGUGCUCCAGGGCCAGCAACCAGAAGGCCUGCAAUCAGAGCCUCCUGAAGUCCUAGAAUCCCUGUUCCAGCUUCUUCUGGAGAUAACUGUCCGUAGCACGGGAAUGAAUGACAGUACAGGACAGUCCUUGACAGCACUUUCCUGCGCUUGCCUCUUCAGUUUGGUAGCUGCAUGGGGAGAGACAGGAAGAACGUUGCAAGCAAUCUCUGCUAUCCUCACCAAUAAUGGCAGCCAUGCUUGUCAGACUAUUCAGGUGCCAACCAUUUUAAACUCUCUUCAGCGGAGUGUACAGGCAGUUCUGGUGGGCAAAAUCCAAAUCCAAGACUGGUUCAGUAAUGGGAUAAAGAAGGCAGCCUUGAUGCACAAAUGGCCAUUGAAAGAAAUAUCUGUAGAUGAAGAUGACCAGUGCCUACUUCAGAGCGAUGGUUUUUUCCUGUAUCUCUUAUGUAAAGAUGGACUUUACAAAAUCGGCUCUGGAUAUAGCGGGACAGUGAGGGGCCAUAUAUACAAUUCUACAUCCCGCAUCAAAAACAGAAAGGAAAAAAAGUCUUGGUUAGGCUAUGCUCAGGGUUAUUUAUUAUAUAGAGAUGCAAAUAAUCACAGUAUGACAGCCAUAAGAAUAAACCCUGAAACUUUGGAACAAGACGGUACAGUUGCUUUGCCAGAUUGUCAUACUGAAGGACAGAAUAUCCUUUUCACUGAUGGAGAAUACAUUAAUCAAAUAGCAGCAUCUAGAGAUGACGGCUUUGUAGUGCGAAUAUUUGCAACAAGUACUGAGCCAGUACUGCAACAAGAACUGCAGCUUAAGCUUGCAAGAAAAUGCUUACAUGCCUGUGGCAUCUCAUUGUUUGAUCUGGAGAAAGACUUGCACAUUAUCAGUACAGGGUUUGAUGAGGAAUCAGCUGUCCUUGGUGCUGGAAGAGAGUUUGCACUGAUGAAAACUGCUAGUGGAAAGAUUUAUUAUACUGGCAAAUAUCAGAGCCUUGGAAUCAAACAAGGUGGUCCUUCAGCAGGAAAAUGGGUUGAACUCCCAAUCACAAAAUCUCCAAAGAUUAUUCAGUUCUCUGUUGGACAUGAUGGCUCACAUGCCUUACUUGUUGCUGAGGAUGGAAGCAUAUUCUUCACAGGUUCUGCUAGUAAAGGAGAGGAUGGCGAAUCAACUAAAAGCAGACGGCAGUCAAAACCAUAUAAACCUAAAAAGAUUAUUAAAAUGGAAGGAAAGAUUGUCAUAUCUACAGCGUGCAAUAAUGGAAGCAGUUCUGUAAUUUCAAAAGAUGGAGAACUCUACAUGUUUGGAAAAGAUGCCAUUUACUCUGAUAGUACAAGUUUAGUAACAGAUUUGAAAGGCCAUUUUGUGACUCAAGUAGCCAUGGGAAAAGCUCACACCUGUGUGUUAAUGAAGAAUGGAGAAGUUUGGACGUUUGGCGUAAAUAAUAAAGGACAGUGUGGCCGAGACACAGGCUCCAUGAGCCAGGGAGGAAAAGGUUUUGGAGUUGAGAACAUGGCAACAGCAAUGGAUGAAGACCUAGAAGAGGAACUGGAUGAAAAAGAUGAGAAGUCCAUGAUGUGUCCUCCAGGCAUGCAUAAAUGGAAGCUGGAGCAGUGUAUGGUGUGCACUGUAUGUGGCGAUUGCACAGGCUAUGGAGCUAGCUGUGUUAGUAGUGGGCGUCCUGACAGAGUACCUGGAGGAAUCUGUGGCUGUGGCUCAGGUGAGUCAGGCUGUGCUGUAUGUGGCUGCUGCAAGGCGUGCGCUAGAGAACUGGAUGGCCAGGAAGCAAGGCAAAGAGGAAUCCUUGAUGCUGUAAAAGAGAUGAUACCUUUAGAUCUCUUGCUGGCUGUUCCUGUUCCUGGAGUUAAUAUUGAAGAACACCUUCAGUUACGGCAAGAAGAAAAGCGGCAACGUGUAAAUAGGAGACAUAGAUUGGAAGAAGGAAGAGAUGGAAGUGGAGAAAGAGGUGAGAAGGAUGCCAGCAAAAUCACAACCUAUCCACCAGGGGCUGUCCGCUUUGACUGUGAACUGCGAGCCGUACAAGUCAGUUGUGGAUUUCACCAUUCAGUGGUUUUGAUGGAGAAUGGUGAUGUUUACACAUUUGGAUAUGGGCAGCAUGGGCAACUUGGACAUGGUGAUGUUAAUUCCAGGGGAUGUCCCACUUUGGUGCAAGCAUUACCAGGUCCUAGUACACAAGUUACUGCUGGGAGCAACCAUACAGCUAUUCUCUUAAUGGAUGGCCAGGUUUUCACAUUUGGAAGUUUCUCAAAAGGUCAGCUUGGUAGACCAAUUCUGGAUAUGCCCUACUGGAAUGCAAAACCAGCACCUAUGCCUAAUAUAGGCUCUAAAUAUGGACGCAAAGCAACAUGGAUUGGAGCGAGUGGAGACCAGACUUUUCUCCGGAUCGAUGAAGCUCUCAUUAAUUCUCAUGUGCUUGCUACAUCAGAGAUAUUUGCAAGCAGGCAUAUAAUAGGUUUGGUACCAGCUUCAAUAUCAGAACCUCCUCCUUUUAAAUGUCUUCUGAUAAACAAAGUAGAUGGCAGUUGCAAAACAUUCAAUGAUUCUGAGCAGGAAGACCUUCAAGGUUCUGGUGUGUGUCUGGAUCCUGUCUAUGAUGUUAUUUGGAGGUUUCGACCAAAUGCUAGGGAACUGUGGAGUUACAAUGCAGUAGUUGCCGAUUCCAGACUUCCCUCAGCUCCAGACAUGCAAUCCCGGUGUAGUAUUUUGAGUCCAGAACUUGCUCUACCAACAGGUUCCAAAGCUCUAACCACCAGAUCUCAUGCAGCUUUGCACAUUCUAGGUUGUCUUGAUACUUUGGCUGCUAUGCAGGACUUAAAAAUGGGCGUGGCGAAUACAGAAGAAGAGACUCAAGCAGUAAUGAAAGUUUAUUCUAAAGAAGACUAUAGUGUUGUUAACAGAUUUGAAAGUCAUGGAGGAGGCUGGGGUUAUUCAGCCCACUCAGUAGAAGCUAUUCGCUUCUGUGCUGAUACGGAUAUUUUGUUAGGUGGUCUUGGUCUUUUUGGAGGUAGGGGUGAAUACACUGCUAAAAUAAAGUUGUUUGAAUUGGGUCCAGAUGGGGGAGACCAUGAGACUGAUGGAGACCUUCUUGCUGAAACAGAUGUCUUAGCAUAUGAUUGUGCUGCUAGAGAGAAGUAUGCAAUGAUGUUUGAUGAACCAGUACUCCUACAAGCUGGCUGGUGGUAUGUAGCCUGGGCAAGAGUGUCAGGACCUAGCAGUGAUUGUGGAUCUCAUGGACAGGCCUCUAUUACUACAGAUGAUGGUGUUGUAUUUCAGUUUAAAAGUUCCAAGAAAUCAAAUAAUGGUACAGAUGUUAAUGCAGGGCAGAUCCCGCAGUUACUAUACAGGCUGCCAACAAGUGAUGGCAGUGCAUCCAAAGGAAAACAGCAAACCAGUGAACCUGUGCAUAUUUUAAAGAGAUCUUUUGCCAGAACUGUCUCAGUGGAAUGCUUUGAAUCUUUAUUGAGCAUUCUUCACUGGAGCUGGACAACACUGGUGCUGGGAGUUGAAGAACUUCGUGGACUUAAAGGAUUCCAAUACACUGCUACUCUUUUGGAUUUAGAAAGGUUACGUUUUGUGGGCACUUGCUGCCUGAGGUUGCUGAGGGUCUACACCUGUGAAAUAUAUCCAAUAUCAGCUACAGCUAAGGCAGUUGUAGAAGAAACCAGCAAACUAGCAGAUUGCAUUGGAAAAACUAGGACCUUGCUGAGAAAAAUUUUAUCUGAAGGAGUUGAUCAUUGCAUGGUGAAGUUGGACAACGAUCCACAAGGAUAUCUCAGUCAGCCUCUCAGUCUUUUAGAAGCUGUUCUUCAGGAGUGCCACAAUACAUUCACAGCUUGCUUUCAUUCGUUUUAUCCAACACCGGCUCUCCAGUGGGCAUGUCUUUGUGACUUGCUGAAUUGUUUGGACCAGGACAUUCAGGAAGCAAACUUCAAAACCUCCAGUAGCCGGCUUCUUGCUGCUGUUAUGUCUGCUCUCUGCCAUACUUCAGUAAAACUGACCUCUAUCUUUCCGAUUGCUUAUGAUGGAGAGGCGUUGCUGCGAUCAAUGGUUAAACAAGUCAGCACUGAGAAUGACUCUGCUCUGGCCCAUCGUUUUCCUCUUUUGGUUGCACACAUGGAAAAACUUAGUCAGAGCGAAGAAAAUGUUUCAGGGAUGACAAGCUUUCGGGAGGUGCUGGAAAAGAUGUUGGUCAUUGUUGUUUUACCAGUACGGAACAGCCUUAGAAGAGAAAAUGAACUUUUCUCUUCACAUCUGGUUUCUAAUACCUGUGGGUUGCUUGCUAGUAUUGUGAGUGAGCUUACAGCAUCGGCAUUAGGAUCUGAGGUUGAUGGGCUGAACUCUCUCCACUCUGUCAAAUCCACUCCAAACCGAUUCACUAAAACAAGUCAGGGAAGAAGCUGGAAUACUGGGAAUGGAUCCCCUGAUGCAAUAUGUUUCUCUGUCGACAAACCUGGUGUAGUUGUAGUAGGAUUUUCUGUUUAUGGUGGAGGAGGAAUUCAUGAAUAUGAGUUGGAGGUAUUAGUUGAUGAUAGUGAUCAUACUGGAGAUUCAACUCAUUCUCAUAGAUGGACAUCUUUAGAGUUGGUUAAAGGGACUUACACCACAGAUGAUUCUCCCAGUGACAUAGCUGAAAUCAGACUUGACAAAGUCGUGCCACUGAAGGAAAAUGUGAAAUACGCAGUUCGUUUGAGGAAUUAUGGAAGCCGGACUGCCAAUGGAGAUGGAGGAAUGACCACAGUUCAGUGUCCAGAUGGUGUAACAUUUACAUUUAGUACAUGUAGUCUGAGCAGUAAUGGCACAAACCAAACGCGAGGACAAAUUCCACAGAUUCUUUAUUACAGGAGUGAGUAUGAUGGAGAUCUGCAAUCACAGCUUUUGAACAAAGCUAAUGAAGAAGAUAAAAAUUGUAGCAGGGCUCUUUCUGUCGUGAGCGCUGUUGUACGAGCAGCCAAAGACCUGUUGCACAGGGCUCUUGCUGUAGAUGCUGAAGACAUUCCAGAACUACUCAGCUCUUCCAGUCUGUUUUCAAUGCUGCUUCCCCUCAUAAUAGCCUACAUAGGACCAGUAGCAGCAGCUAUUCCCAAGGUUGCUGUUGAGGUCUUUGGCCUAGUACAACAAUUACUUCCUUCUGUGGCAGUUCUGAAUCAGAAAUAUGCCCCUCCAGCUUUUAACCCAAAUCAGUCUACAGACAGCACCACCGGAAACCAACCGGAGCAAGGGCUUUCAGCUUGUACUACCUCCAAUCACUAUGCUGUUGUAGAAAGUGAGCAUCCCUAUAAACCUGCCUGUGUUACGCACUAUAAGGUGACUUUUCCUGAAUGUGUCAGGUGGAUAACAAUAGAGUUUGACACUCAGUGUGGCACUGCUCAAUCAGAGGAUGUUCUUCGUUUACUAAUUCCUGUCAGAAUUGCACAGAGUCUGGGAUUUGGACCAAAGCAUACUUCUGUUCAUGAAAACCUUAAUUCAUGGAUAGAACUGAAAAAAUUCUCUGGAUCUUCAGGAUGGCCUACCAUGGUAUUAGUAUUGCCAGGAAAUGAAGCUCUUUUUUCUCUGGAGACUGCAUCAGACUAUGUGAAAGAUGAAAAGGCUUGUUUUUAUGGUUUCAAAUGUUACGCAAUUGGAUAUGAAUUUAGUCCAGGAUCUGAUGAGGGUAUUAUUCAGCUGGAGAAAGAAUUGGCAAAUUUAGGAGGAUCAUGUGCAGCAGCUUUGAUGAAGAAAGAUCUAGCACUUCCUAUUGCAGGUAAUGAAUUUGAAGAAGAUCUUGAGAUACUUGAAGAGGCUGCCUUACAGGUGUGCAAAUCUCACUCCGGCAUCCUUGGGAAAGGCUUGGCACUAUCUCACUCACCAACCAUUUUGGAAGCUCUCGAAGGAAAUCUUCCACUGCAGGUACAAAGCAAUGAGCAGUCAUUUCUGGAGGAUUUCAUUGCUUGUGUACCAGGAUCAAGUGGUGGACGACUUGCAAGGUGGCUUCAGCCAGAUUCAUAUGCUGAUCCUCAAAAAACAUCAUUGAUUUUGAAUAAGGAUGACAUUCGAUGUGGUUGGCCAACUGUUAUUACAGUACAAACAAAAGACCAGUAUGGGGAUGUUGUUCAUGUUCCUAAUAUGAAGGUAGAAGUCAAAGCUAUUCCUGUUUCUCAGAAAAAAACAUCUUUGCAACAAGAACAAGUUAAAAAGGUGCAACGGAUACCAGGGAGUCCUGCAACAGCUGCUUCCCCUAGCAGUGAUAUGACCUUUGGAGGACUUCCUUCACCAAAGCUUGAUUCUUCCUAUGAGCCAAUGAUAGUAAAAGAAGCUCGAUAUAUUGCUAUUACAAUGAUGAAGGCAUAUGAAAGUUACUCUUUUGAAGAACUACGCUUUGCUUCACCAACACCAAAGAGACCCAGUGAAAACAUGUUGAUCAGAGUCAAUAAUGAUGGUACAUACUGUGCAAACUGGACUCCUGGAGCUGUUGGUCUCUAUACCAUUCAUGUUACUAUAGAUGGCAUUGAAAUAGAUGCUGGACUAGAAGUGAAAGUAAAGGAUCCUCCAAAGGGAAUGAUACCUCCUGGAACCCAACUUAUUAAACCAAAAGCAGAGCCUCAGCCAAACAAGGUUCGCAAAUUUGUGGCCAAGGACAGUGCAGGGCUUCGUAUCCGUAGCCACCCUUCCCUUCAGAGUGAGCAAAUAGGCAUAGUGAAAGUCAAUGGAUCCAUCACUUUCAUUGACGAGAUCCACAAUGAUGAUGGUGUUUGGCUGAGGCUGAAUGAUGAGACAAUAAAGAAGUAUGUUCCUAACAUGAAUGGUUACACUGAAGCCUGGUGUCUCUCUUUUAACCAACAUCUUGGCAAGAGCCUUCUGGUACCUGUUGACAAUGUCUUUAAUGCUAGCCAAGGAGUAAGGGAUUUGGACUUUUUUUCAUGGACUUCCAAAGCUUUACCCCCUAAGGAAUCUAGGUCUAAUACUGAUGAUUUUUUCAAAGACCUAAAUUCACACUGCCCACAGGAAGCAGUGAUGCAAGAACAAGAUAUGCCAUUCCUUCGAGGUGGACCUGGAGUGUACAAGGUAGUGAAGACUGGCCCAUCAGGUCACAACAUCAGAAGCUGCCCUAACCUUAGAGGUAUCCCAAUUGGAAUGUUAGUUCUGGGAAACAAAGUCAAGGCAGUGGGCGAGGUGACUAAUUCAGAAGGUACGUGGGUGCAAAUGGAUAAGAACAGCAUGGUAGAGUUCUGUGAAAGUGAUGAAGGCGAGGCAUGGUCGUUAGCUAGAGACAGAGGUGGAAACCAGUACCUCCGACACGAAGAUGAGCAAGUUCUCCUAGAUCAAAAUGUUCAGACUCCUCCCCCAAGUCCUUUUUCAAUACAAGCUUUCAGUAAGGGGACAAGCUGUAGUAAUGGACAAGGGUUUGAUUAUGGCCUUGGAAAUAACAAAGUUUUGACUGUUUUGCCCACUACAGGUGACCAACUGAGUGCCAUACUGAAUUCCAUUCAGUCACGGCCAAAUCUCCCAGCUCCUUCCAUCUUUGAUCAAGCUGCAAAACCUCCCUCUUCCCUAGUCCACAGUCCAUUUGUGUUCGGACAGCCCCUUUCCUUCCAGCAGCCUCAGCCACAGCUUCAGAAAACUCCAUCCUGCUGCCUUGCUUCUCGUGAGCGUAUUUACAAAACUAGUGAUGUAGCUGGGCCUGCCUCUGCUAUUUCAUCUCUCUCUCACAAACUGAAGGGUGACCGAAUGAAUUUCACAGGAGCUGCUAGACCAAUUUCUCCAGCAGGAAAAUCAGACAUGUCAUCAAAACACAGAGCUGAUAGCAGGUCACCCAAGCUUGAUGUGCGAAUGAAUAGAGCUGCUGCUGACCAGAAGAAACCUAGCAGUACAGAAGGCUUAUCUGCCAGUGAGUCUCUUAUGCUGAAAUCAGAUGCUGCAAAAUUACGGUCAGACUCUCACAGCAGGUCUUUGUCUCCAAAUCAUAACACUUUGCAAACACUAAAAACCGAUGGAAGAACACCUACUGGUCUGAGAGCUGAAUCUCCAGGGCCAGGAACCCGGUCGUCUUCUCCAAAGACAAAGACACUUACAGCCGUUAGAUCUGGUGCUAGCUCUCCACGAUCCUCAUCACCCCAUGACAAAACUCUACCUCAGAAAGCUUCAUCCCCUGUAAAAACAAAGCUUGAUCCUCCUCGAGAACGCUCCAAAUCAGAUUCUUACACAUUAGAUCCAGACACCCUUCGCAAAAAGAAAGUACCACUAACAGAACCCUUAAGGGGGAGGUCCACUUCACCCAAACCAAAAAUUAUUUCAAAAGAUGGAAAACCUGUUACAGAAACUGAAAAUAGAGCUCCUUCCCCUCAUGUCGUACAAGAAAAUCUUCACAGUGAGGUAGUUGAAGUAUGUACUUCAAGUACUUUAAAGACUAACAGCAUUACAGAUAGCACCUGUGAAGACAACACAGAAUUCAGAAGUCUGGACGAUGGUUCUAAUAAAGUUCAUUUCAGCAUAGGAAAAGCACCACUGAAAGAUGAGCAAGACAUGAGAGCAUCUCCAAAAGUGAGCCGUAAAUGUGCUGGUAGGCACACAAGACCCAAAAAGGAAAAAUCCAGCUUUCUUUUCAAAGGAGAUGGCUCCAAGCCUGUAGAGCCUGCCAAGCAAGCAAUGUCACCUUCUGUUGCAGAAUGUGCUAGAGCUGUAUUUGCUGCGUUUCUUUGGCAUGAAGGAAUAGUUCAUGAUGCUAUGGCUUGUUCAUCUUUUUUGAAGUUUAAUCCAGAACUGUCCAAAGAACAUGCACCAAUACGAAGCAGUCUUACUCAACAACCUGCAGAGGAAAAAGAAACCAAGUUGAAAAAUAGACAUUCAUUGGAAAUAUCAUCUGCUCUUAACAUGUUCAACAUCUCACCUCAUGGACCAGAUAUAUCUAAAAUGGGUAGCAUCAAUAAAAACAAAGUCCUCUCAAUGUUAAAAGAACCACCUCUGCAUGAAAAGUGUGAGGAUGGAAAAACUGAAACUACCUCCUUUGAAACAUCCAGUCAUCACACAAUGAAAUCCAAGUCUCCUCUUCCAUUAACGCUGCAGCACUUGGUAGCUUUCUGGGAAGAUAUUUCUUUAGCAACUAUUAAAGCAGCUUCCCAAAACAUGAUUUUUCCAAGUCCUGGUUCUUGUGCAGUGUUAAAGAAGAAGGAAAGUGACAAAGAUAACAAGAAAACCAAAAAAGAGAAAAAGAAAAAAGAAAAGGUUGAGACUAGGCCAAGGGGAAAUCUUUUUGGCGAGAUGGCCCAGCUUGCAGUGGGAGGACCUGAAAAAGACACCAUCUGUGAGUUGUGUGGAGAAUCCCAUCCAUAUCCAGUGACUUACCACAUGAGACAAGCUCACCCAGGUUGUGGCCGUUAUGCAGGUGGCCAAGGUUAUAAUAGCAUUGGGCACUUUUGUGGAGGAUGGGCUGGUAAUUGUGGCGAUGGUGGUAUUGGAGGAAGCACUUGGUAUUUGGUUUGCGAUCGAUGCAGAGAAAAAUAUCUCCGUGAAAAGCAAGCAGCAGCAAGAGAGAAGAUUAAACAAUCUAGGAGAAAACCAAUGCAAGUUAAGACUCCUCGUGCCUUGCCAACUAUGGAAGCUCAUCAAGUCAUUAAAGCCAAUGCACUAUAUUUACUGUCGCUGAGUAGUGCUGCUGAGCCCAGUAUCCUCUGCUAUCACCCUGCAAAAGCAUUCCAGUCUCAACUUCCCAGUGUCAAAGAAGGAAUUUCUGAAGACUUUCCCAUUAAAAUGCCAUGUCUCUAUCUACAGACUUUAGCAAGGCAUCAUCAUGAAAAUUUUGUUGGGUACCAGGAUGACAACCUCUUCCAGGAUGAGAUGAGGUACCUGCGCUCAACUUCAGUACCUGCGCCGUACAUCUCAGUUACUCCUGAUGCAAGCCCUAAUGUCUUUGAAGAGCCAGAGAGUAACAUGAAAUCUAUGCCCCCAAGUUUGGAAACCAGUCCAAUAACAGAUACAGAUCUUGCGAAGCGUACAGUCUUUCAAAGAUCAUAUUCAGUUGUUGCAUCAGAAUAUGAUAAACAGCACUCAAUUUUGCCAGCACGUGUAAAGGCAAUCCCUAGGAGACGAGUCAACAGUGGAGAUGCGGAAGUGGGGUCCUCUCUCCUGAGACAUCCAUCUCCUGAACUUUCUCGGUUAAUCUCCGCCCACAGCUCUCUUUCCAAAGGAGAGAGAAAUUUCCAGUGGCCAGUAUUGGCAUUUGUAAUCCAGCAUCAUGAUCUGGAAGGACUUGAAAUAGCAAUGAAACAAGCCUUACGGAAAUCAGCUUGCCGAGUCUUUGCCAUGGAGGCUUUCAACUGGCUUCUUUGUAAUGUCAUUCAAACAACUUCUCUUCAUGAUAUUUUAUGGCAUUUUGUGGCUUCCCUGACUCCUGCACCUGUAGAGCCUGAAGAAGAGGAGGAUGAAGAAAAUAAAUCAAAUAAAGAAAAUGCAGAACAAGAAAAAGACACAAGAGUAUGUGAACAUCCUCUGUCAGAUAUAGUGAUUGCUGGCGAAGCAGCUCACCCAUUACCCCACACUUUUCAUCGCCUUCUCCAGACAAUCUCUGAUCUUAUGAUGUCUCUUCCCAGUGGUAGUGCAUUACAGCAAAUGGCCUUAAGGUGCUGGAGUCUCAAAUUCAAACAAUCUGAUCACCAGUUCCUGCACCAGAGCAAUGUUUUUCAUCAUAUCAACAAUAUUUUGUCUAAAUCUGAUGAUGGAGAUAGUGAAGAGAGUUUUAGUAUCAGUGUUCAGUCUGGUUUUGAAGUCAUGAAUCAGGAACUGUGUAUAGUGGUGUGUCUAAAAGACCUAACCAGCAUUGUUGACAUUAAAACAUCAAGCCGACCUGCCAUGAUUGGUAGUUUAACAGAUGGGUCUACAGAAACGUUCUGGGAGUCAGGAGAUGAAGAUAAAAACAAAACUAAAAACAUCACAAUUAACUGUGUAAAAGGAAUCAAUGCACGUUAUGUGUGUGUUCAUGUAGACAAUUCCAGAGAUCUUGGGAACAAAGUGACUUCAAUGACCUUUCUAACUGGCAAGGCAGUAGAAGAUCUCUGCAGAAUAAAGCAGGUAGACUUGGAUUCAAGACAUAUUGGCUGGGUAACAAGUGAACUUCCUGGGGGUGAUAAUCACAUCAUCAAAAUUGAAUUGAAGGGUCCAGAGAACACACUAAGAGUUCGACAAGUGAAAAUUCUUGGAUGGAAAGAUGGUGAAAGCAUUAAAAUAGCAGGCCAGAUUUCUGCAAGUGUAGCUCAACAAAGAAACUGUGAAUCUGAGACGCUGCGAGUAUUCCGACUUAUUACAUCCCAGGUAUUUGGAAAACUCAUCUCCGGAGAUGCUGAGCCAACCCCAGAACAAGAAGAAAAAGCACUGUUGUCUUCCCCAGAAGGAGAAGAAAAAGUACACAAUGCAACAUCAGAUGCAGAUCUGAAGGAGCACAUGGUAGGGAUCAUAUUCAGCCGGAGCAAACUGACAAAUUUGCAGAAGCAGGUAUGUGCUCAUAUAGUCCAGGCCAUACGAAUGGAAGCAACCCGUGUGCGUGAAGAAUGGGAGCAUGCCAUCUCUAGCAAAGAGAACGCCAACUCGCAGCCUAACGAUGAAGAUGCUUCUUCUGACGCUUAUUGCUUUGAGCUGCUGUCAAUGGUUCUGGCAUUGAGUGGUUCCAAUGUAGGCCGGCAGUAUUUGGCUCAGCAGCUGACUCUGCUCCAGGAUCUCUUCUCAUUACUACACACUGCUUCUCCCAGGGUGCAGAGACAGGUAACAUCAUUACUAAGACGUGUUUUGCCCGAGGUAACCCCUAGUCGCCUGGCUAGUAUUAUAGGAGUGAAGUCUCUUCCACCAGCAGAUAUAAGUGAUAUCAUUCACUCAACAGAAAAAGGAGAUUGGAAUAAACUAGGUAUCUUAGACAUGUUUUUGGGAUGCAUUGCCAAAGCUCUCACUGUACAGCUAAAAGCCAAAGGAACUACUAUAACAGGGACAGCUGGCACUACUGCAGGCAAAGGAGUUACUACAGUCACACUUCCAAUGAUCUUCAAUUCCAGCUACAUUCGGCGAGGUGAAAGCCAUUGGUGGAUGAAGGGUUCAACACCUACACAGAUUUCAGAGAUCAUUAUUAAACUCAUUAAAGACAUGGCAGCAGGUCAUCUGUCGGAAGCUUGGUCCCGUGUGACAAAGAAUGCUAUUGCUGAAACCAUCAUAGCUCUGACCAAAAUGGAAGAAGAAUACAGAUCACCAGUGAGGUGCAUUGCAACAACCAGACUAUGGCUGGCCUUAGCAUCCCUCUGUGUACUUGAUCAGGAUCAUGUUGAUAGACUAUCCUCAGGAAGAUGGAUGGGAAAGGAUGGACAACAGAAACAGAUGCCAAUGUGUGAUAACCAUGAUGAUGGUGAAACUGCCGCAAUCAUUUUAUGUAAUGUCUGUGGGAAUUUGUGUACAGAUUGUGACCGAUUCCUUCAUCUCCAUCGGCGAACAAAAACUCAUCAGAGACAGGUAUUCAAAGAAGAAGAAGAAGCUAUCAAAGUUGAUCUCCACGAGGGUUGUGGUAGGACCAAACUUUUCUGGCUGAUGGCAUUAGCAGAUUCUAAAACUAUGAAGGCUAUGGUGGAGUUUCGAGAACAGACAGGCAAACCGACCACCAGCAGUUCUGAAGCAUGUCGUUUCUGUGGUUGUAGGAGUGGAACAGAACUAUCAGCAGUGGGAAGCGUUUGUUCUGAUACAGAUUGCCAGGAGUAUGCUAAAAUUGCCUGCAGCAAGACACACCCCUGCGGUCAUCCAUGUGGAGGCGUUAAGAACGAAGAGCACUGUUUGCCAUGCUUGCAUGGCUGUGAUAAGAACGCUACAACUCUUAAACAAGAUGCUGAUGACAUGUGCAUGAUCUGCUUUACUGAAGCACUUUCAGCAGCACCAGCUAUCCAGCUGGACUGCAGCCACGUUUUCCAUUUGCAAUGCUGUCAACGAGUACUAGAAAACAGAUGGCUUGGGCCAAGGAUAACUUUUGGUUUCAUGUCCUGUCCUAUUUGCAAGAACAAAAUCAAUCAUACAGUAUUAAAGGAUUUGCUUGAUCCAAUCAAAGAACUCUAUGAAGAUGUAAGGAGAAAAGCGCUAAUGAGAUUGGAGUAUGAAGGGUUGCACAAGAGUGAGGCCAUCACAACACCAGGUGUUAGAUUUUACAAUGACCCGGCUGGCUAUGCUAUGAACAGAUAUGCUUAUUAUGUUUGCUACAAGUGCAAAAAGGCAUAUUUUGGUGGUGAAGCUCGUUGUGAUGCUGAGGCUGGACAAGGCGAUGACUAUGAUCCAAGAGAGCUUAUUUGUGGUGCAUGCUCUGAUGUUUCAAGGGCUCAGAUGUGUCCCAAACACGGUACAGAUUUCUUAGAAUACAAAUGCCGCUACUGCUGUUCAGUUGCUGUUUUUUUCUGUUUUGGGACAACGCAUUUUUGCAAUGCUUGCCAUGAUGAUUUCCAAAGAAUGACAAGCAUCCCUAAAGAAGAACUCCCACACUGUCCUGCAGGUCCCAAAGGUAAACAACUUGAAGGAACAGAAUGUCCACUUCAUGUUGUCCAUCCACCCACUGGUGAAGAAUUUGCUCUGGGUUGUGGGGUUUGCAGAAAUGCUCACACUUUUUAGACUAGCUUUUUUUUUUUACCAGAGCAAAACAGGUGCCCUCAUCCCUCAAGUGUCCUGAAAAUGAAGUCCAGCUGGGAUGAGGACGGGACCAUUUCAUAACCCAGGUAAAAGGAGCAAUUUACAGUGCAAGAAGGAUGCCAAAUACCAUGUACAUAAUUCUUGCUGUGAGAUAUUGACAUUUUUUGAACCGAGACAUCAAAACUUGUGAGGUGUUUGCAUGUGGCCAUUACAGUCAUCGGCUAGGAAACAUUGGACAUUUACAAAUAAAUAAUUGCUAUUAAAGGAUCUGUGUGUCUGUGGACUAUGAAUGAUGCUGGCUUUCAGGAGAAAGAAAAAAAAUAUUGAUUAUUGUAUACUGACUUUUUGUAAUCUUGUACAAUUGUAACGCAUCACAAGUGGGGAUGGGAAAGAGGAAUAUUCUGGUUUAUUUCCUAGACUGUUAUUAAAAAAAAAAUUGUGUUAGGAAGGCAUAAAUGUAACAGGUAUCACGCUGUAUAUAAAGGUAUCAAUGUUUGUCCUGUAUAAGAAUUAUUAAAUUACAACAGCAGUUUCAUUUAAACUUCUGGGUUAUGUUUGAGCCUGAAAUUUUAAUGAAGUGCAAUACUGAGUGUGCCUCAUAUCUUGCAGCUGUAAACAUAAUGGAAUGUACAUGUCAAUAAAGCCACUGUACAUUUUUAUACAGUGAAA